CAAGUAUCCGUGACGUUGUAUGGGCGUUUUACAUGUUUUCCCUUUUACCUACACAUUUUAUUAUUUCUUGUUAAAGUUACUGGUUUAGCGUAGAUAGUUUAAUUAAUAUCUGUGAAGACAACAUUAAUUUCGAAUUGGAUUGGGCCGCAUUUUAGUCUCCGCUCAAAGACGAGCGUGAAGUCUAAAUUACCAAAAUGAACAACUCAAGCAUACCCAACGACUACAGGGCAUUUGAUCCCUUUAAUUACACCUGUAGUGAAGCGUUGUUAUUACCUAUAAUCAGUGAAGCUACAUGGAAUCCUGGUGUUCGGGCCUUCUUGUAUAUUUUAGCCCUAUUAUGGUGCUUCUUAGCCGUAGCUAUUAUAGCUGACGUUUUUAUGUGCUCAAUCGAAAAGAUUACAAGUAAAACCAGAAAGAUUCGCGUUGCCGACUCGUCCGUACCAGAAGGCUACAAAGAACUAGAGGUUAAAGUGUGGAAUGAUACUGUUGCUAAUCUCAGUUUAUUAGCCUUAGGUACCAGUGCUCCAGAGAUCUUACUGUCUGUUAUAGAAAUUGUUGGGAAUAAUUUUAAAGCAGGAGAUCUUGGUCCUGGUACCAUUGUUGGUUCUGCCGCGUUUAACUUAUUGGUUAUAUCCGCUAUUUGUAUCAUGUCUAUACCUGGUGGCGAUGUACGACGUAUAAAUAAUAUGAAAGUGUUUGCUGUUACAGCAUUCUCUUGUAUAUUUGCUUACGUUUGGCUGAUUAUUACCUUGGUUGCCAUAUCUCCAGGAAAAAUUGAAAUUUGGGAAGCUUUCUUGACCCUCCUUUUCUUCCCGCUGCUGAUCAUAAUUGCCUUUAUAGCGGAGAAAGAUUUUUGUAUGAAAAAGAAACCACCACGAAAUGACUCAGGAUUUGUCGGUAUCUCACUAAAAAAAGUAAGCAAAAAUGACGCUUCUGGAAAAACCACGAACCCAAAUGAAGUACAAGUGUCGGUUACAAAUUCAUCACAAAAUAUCGCUGGCUACAAGUCCCCUCGCCACGACCUACAAGAAGGUAAUCCAGAAGAACAAGAAGCUUUAGAUCAAUCCUAUUCUGGACGGGCUUCCAUUUAUAGAAUUGCCAAGGAUCUUGCCAUGGUUGAAGACUUACCCGAAGAUGAAGCAGCUAAGAUUGCUGCAAAGAAGAUAGUUGAACAUCAACACCACGAUCGUGGUUGGUACAGAAUUAAUGCUAUCAGAAAUAUGUCUGGUGGUAAGAAACUCAUACCCAAAGUACUUAAUACAUUCGAUGAUUUGUAUAAUCGAGUACAACUACCAGAAGAAGAAAGGGAUGAAGCUACUGUUACAAAACGUUUUGAUCACAGUGAAGGUGGUACUAAACCUGUUAUUGAAUUUACUGCAUCAGCUGUUGCUGUUCUGGAAAACGAGGGCAAAGUUCGUAUUGGUAUCAGGCGAUCUGGUAAAAUUGAUGUGCCCAUCUCUGUAAGAGUUGAGACCAUUAAUGGAACCGCUCUGGAAGGAAGUGAUUACAAGGCGUUUGAUGAAGUUGUUUCAUUUGCUGCUAAUGAACUAUUGAGACAAGUAUAUAUCGAGAUUGUCGAUGACUUUGAGUGGGAGCCCGAUGAGUUUUUCUUUGUCAAGCUUGCUCCCGUCCCUUCAAGAGACCAAGAAUUCGCUUUAGGAAACCUAGCUAUUUGUCAAGUCACCAUUAUUAACGACGAUGAACCAGGAACGUUAGAUUUUGCCAAACCCAGUAUUAUUGCCAAGGAAAGUUCACGUCGUAUUAGAAUCCCGGUACAACGAUUGUCUGGGGCUGAUGGCCACGUGUCUGUCACGUGGAGAACUAAGGAUAUGACGGCGUUUGACGGCAAAGAUUUUGAAGGUGGUGAAGGCGAACUGAAAUUUGAUAAUGGAGAAACCAGUAAAUCAAUUGAUCUUGUCCUGUUCCCAAGUAAUAAACCAGAAAGAGAUGAUAGUUUCCAGGUUGAGUUACUAGAGACUACUGGUGGUGCUAAGUUAGGAAGAUUAACUAAAACAGUAGUAACUAUAGUUAAUGAUGAAGAAUUUAAUGGAUUGGUCAGUAGGAUUGUCAACAUGACGUUCGGUAAUUUGGAUGGUCUGGCAUUAGAAGACUCUACCUAUAUUAGCCAGUUUAAGAAUGCCAUGAACGUUAAUGGCGGUGACAUUGAAGGGGCAACUUUUGUAGAUUACAUAUUGCACUUUUUAACAUUUGUUUGGAAGAUCAUAUUUGCCUUCAUACCACCAGUACACAUUCUAGGCGGUUGGCCAACGUUUGUAAUAUCUCUUGGAAUGAUUGGUUUCUUAACGGCUCUCAUUGGUGAUUUGGCCAGUUUAUUUGGUUGUUUGAUUGGUCUAGAGGAUAGUAUUACCGCCAUUACUUUGGUUGCCUUGGGAACUAGUAUGCCUGACACAUUUGCUAGUAAAACUGCCGCCAUUAUGGAAAGAUACGCCGACAGCUCGGUUGGAAAUGUAACCGGAAGUAACUCUGUCAAUGUGUUUCUAGGAUUAGGCAUACCGUGGGUCAUUGCUAGUAUAUAUUGGCACACAAAAGGUUUACCAUUCGAGGUUCCGGUUGGAUCUUUGGUAUUUAGUGUGAUUCUCUAUACCAUUGCUGCUGUCAUAGCUCUAAGUAUAUUGGUUAUAAGACGUAAUGUUAAAUGUUUGGGAAAUGCCGAACUUGGUGGACCUACAGUUGGAAAGAUCGUGUGUGGUAUUAUAUUCAUUACACUAUGGGUCUUAUAUGUUUUAUUUUCAGCUCUACAAGCCAAGAAAGUUAUCAAUGUCCAAAUUUAAGUUCAUGGCAAUUUAUCGACUGUAAUAAUUCUCAUGCUCACUGCAGUAAAUAUUUUAAGUUGUACAUAUAAUAAUAUUUAAGUGUAUAGUCGCCUUUGCUUGAAACGUGCCUAAGUUCAUUAAAUUUGCUCUUUUAAAGAUGUGUGUGAAAAACAUAUGUGAACAACGUACCAUAUAUUAUGUUUAAAUAGGUACACCGCUGCCCAUAGCAAAGCUUUGUAUUCGUUCGACCAGCUGAAUAGAACCAGUAUAUUUAACGCUGCACAUUUAACGCACGUUUAAAAUGAUCCGGAUUUCAACAAAAGACAUUUCAUAACGUCAUAUCCAACGCACCGUAAUUCAAUAGUUGAAAACCUUAAAUGUUUCUAUUUACAAUGCAUAAUGUAUUAAUAUUAUGUAACUGUGCAAAUUUCAACAUUACCUAUUAUACAUGGCAUGUUUCUAUUCAUUUAUAUUAUAUGCUCAACGAUAGUAUAUACUAACUAUUCAUGACGGUGAGCAAAUGACAAAGAAAUGGCGAAUCACAGGGUUAAAGGUCAUGGUAUGUUGCAGUGUUUAUAUUAACUGUAUAUUGUUUUCAUCUUUUGUACUCUACUGAUUAUAUUUUUGCUAUCUUUUUAAAUUCAAUUUUAUAUUAUUAUUAUUUUCUUUAACUUUUUAAACUAUUGUGCUGCUGUUAAUAUUCAUGUACAGUUAUCAGAUGGUGUCUGAAAUACAUGCAGCUCAAGCAAAGUAUAAUCUUUUAAAUUUUGUAUUCAUUACUGUUAGUGUCAGCUUUCAUGGAUUUGUGUGAUCUUUUUUUAAACAUAAAAACUAUUGUACGAAAGUUACAUAAUUUUAAAUAUUUAUAGGGUUUUUAUCUUCAAAUGAAAUCACUGUAGGGUGCCUUUAAACGUAGAAUGCAAAUACAUCCAAAUGCCUCACACACAGUCGUUAUGAACUGAUGCACGGAAGGGGAUGUAAUUUAAAAACUGGAUGAUCAUCGCUCAGACAAUAAUUGUAUACCUAGAUUUACAUCCUGUGGUUAUGUUUAUCGAUGGGUAUAUAUGGUUAUGUCAACAGGGACCCAUGCUAAUCUAUAUAACAUUUACAUUAAUUCUUGUAAGUGGUUGUGUAGGUAAGGGCCCCAGUGCAUUGCUUAAUAAGGCCAUGUAUAUCAAUAUUUUGAAAUGUUAGACAUGGCUAUUACAACUGGUGAAUACAUGGCUUAUUAAUAUUAUGUAUCAUGAUAUUAUAAGUUUCAUGUCAGGUCUUUAGUGCUCAUUGUCAAAUAGUCGUAUUUUAGAAGAUAUUUGUAGUUUAUUGUACAUUGAUAUUAACUUAAUUUCAUUAAAAAUAAAACAUUUAAGAAUU